CUAGUCCUCGAGUUUAAUCGUUCGAUUGCGGCCCAUGAUGAAUAUCAGGUUAUCCUCCCUCGAGCGCUGUACUAUCAUUUCCGGGAAACACGUCAAGUAAUGUCCAAGGAGCUUACCCGUUCACCAAUCCGUCAAGAUUUCAUUGGCCUCGAGAAGGCCAAGCAACAUGACGUACAGCGCAGUCUUUGGCGCUCCAUCUUCAUCAUCGCGACAUGCACCGCUGCGAUGGUGGUCAACGUCACUAAUACCAGUUCUGUCUCCAUCUCCCUCCCGACUAUUGAAAGGGACCUGAAUAUCAAGGAAGAACAGCUGCAGUGGCUCGUAUCGGCCUAUUCCCUCAGUUCGGGUUGCUUUCUCUUGUUCUUUGGCAGGUUGGCGGAUAUCUAUGGUCGGAAGAAGGCUUUCAUGAUCGGUACUUGUUCUCAAGUCGCAUUUUCUCUUGGUUGUGGCUUUGCACAGAGUGGUACUACCCUCGUCGUUUUGCGUGCCUUCCAAGGCACGGGUGCCGCUGCUACGAUACCGUCUGCACUCGGUAUCCUGGCCCACGCAUUCCCUCCAUCUAGAAUGCGUUCAAUAGCUUUCGCGACAUUUGCAGCGGGCGCUCCUGUCGGCGGCGCAUUUGGCAUGAUCAUCGGCGGUGUCCUCACACAGAUAACAUCGACGCACUGGCGCUCUCCAUUUUAUUUGGUUGCAGCAAUGUCUGCUCUCACGGGUAUUUCCGGCAUGAUUUCAUUCGAUGCAGAUGUUACUUCGGCGGAAGCUGUCGACUGGAUCGGUGUUUCCCUCAUCACCGUCGGUUUGGUUCUAAUUUUAUUUGUACUUGGUCAAGGAGAAGUUGCUCCUGAGGGCUGGAAAACUCCAUACAUUAUUACUCUUCUAAUUGUCGGGAUUAUCAUGGUUUUGCUGUUCCUUCUUUGGGAGCGAUACUUGGAGCAAGGUAUAGAUGAUCCAUCCAGAGCACCGUCCGCAUGGAGACCACCGCCGUUGAUGAGUCUUUCGCUUUGGACGCGAGCAAAGGGCCGGAUGGCUGUCGUCCUCGUCAUUGCGUUCCUGAAUUGGAGCGGUUUCAUGAGCUGGAGCUUCUGGGUUCAGUUGUACUAUCAGGACUACCUUUUGCUCUCACCUAUAGAUACCAUGCUCCGGUUCAUCCCAAUGUUCGUCGUCGGCUGUUUGUGCAAUGUCUUGGUUGCAAUGUUUGUUGGCAAAUUGCCUUUAAUCGUCUUUGCAGUAAGCGGAACACUACUAACAGCAUCUGCCGCCGUCCUGUUUGCGCUGAUCGACCCAACUGUAACGUAUUGGGCGUUUGGUUUCCCGUCCGCGGUUCUUGUCGUGUUCGGAGCCGAUUUUGUGUACUCCUCUGGUACAAUUUUCAUCGCCAAAAUCGCACUCCCACACGAGCGCAGCGUGGCUGGAGCUAUGUUUCAAACUAUGGCACAGCUCGGCAUUGCAGUCGGACUUGCCGUAUCCACGCUUGUGUUCAACAUCGUGGUUAAAAACGAGUCUGCUGACGUUGGUGUUACCCUCAACUCUGCUGGCACCAACGCGCCCCGUUCCGCACAGCUUAAAGGUUAUAGGUCUGCGCAAUGGACUUGCGCUUCAUUUGCGCUUAUGGCUGCGCUGCUGGCAGCGCUCUGCCUUCACGGAGUUGGGAUUGUUGGAGACAAGAAAACCCUCCAGCAUACUGCCAGUAAUAAGACAAUAGUCGUGCGGUCCAAGUCGGAGGACAACUAGUUACACCCAUUUUCUAGCAACGACCACACAUGAUGCUAUGCUGCCACGAUCCCACCGCCUACGCUCUCCACUCAAUUGAGGUACCCUCGUCCCCGAAUUAAACUACAAUU